AUGGAGGCGCCCGCUGACUUAUCUGUGCUUAACCCACAUCCAACUCUAUUACCCGGUCCGGACCUACUGCAUCACCUUAUCAGGGAACCGGACGAUUCAAUAGCCCUGGACUAUACCGGCAGGAAUAAGCGCGUAUCAUUAUCCUAUCGUCAGCUCCAUGAUGCUGCAGAUGCCCUAGCAAGCAGGAUAUGUCGUGCAUUUGGUGAAACCAAAGAUCAGUUUGUGGUUCCAGUUCUGGUUCACCAGUCGCCACACUUAUACAUAGCCUUGUUAGCUAUUCUAAAGGCUGGAGGUGCAUUCUGCCCGCUCAAUGUGGAUGCUCCUCCGGACCGAGUCAACUUCAUUUUUAACGAUGUUUCCGCGGCCGUUGUCGUGGCAUCCGCGGAGCUGGCCUCCCGUAUACCUCCACAAAGCGCCGUAAAGGUGCUUUUAGUUGAUGAAGACGAAGAAGAGAAAUCCCUGGAUAUAGAACCCGCCAACUGUCGUGCUCCUAGCACAAAGGAUUUGGCAUAUGUCAUGUAUACAUCUGGAUCAACUGGAGUUCCAAAGGGCGUUGGUAUAUCCCACUCUGCUGUAACACAGGCAUUGCUAGCCCAUAAUCAGCAUGUGCCGACAUUUUCUCGUUUCCUCCAGUUUGCUGCUCCAACAUUUGAUGUCUCCGUGUUCGAGAUCUUCUUUCCGUUGUUUCGUGGAAGCACAUUGAUCAGUGUCGAUCGAAAGGAGAUGCUGAACGAUCUGCCAGAAGUCAUCUCGUCGAUGGGCGUGGAUGCUUGCGAGUUGACACCAACUGUGGCAGCUAGUCUGUUACGGAAAAGAGAAAAUGUUCCGACACUACAGUUGCUGUUGACCAUUGGUGAGAUGCUCAAUGAGCCUGUAAUACGGGAAUUUGGCGGAAGCCAAGAUAGGGAGAGUAUACUGUGGGCCAUGUACGGACCAACAGAAGCCACGAUUCACUGUACCGUACAGGAAGCGUUCUCCUCCACAUCUUCAAUAAAAAACAUUGGCGUGCAGCUACCCACCGUAUCAUGCUUUAUAAUUGAGCCUGCAGAAACUGCAGAGGCGAGUAGAAACGCCAAGAUUCUCCCCAAAGGAGAAAUCGGAGAGCUUGCAGUUGGAGGCUACCAGCUUGCCGAUGGAUAUCUCAACCGACAAGAGCAAACGGCUUCCUCUUUUAUACCUUCGCCCUAUGGCUUAAUCUACCGGACCGGAGACAAAGCACGCAUAAGUAGCGAUGGGACCAUAGAGAUUUAUGGACGCUUAUCCGAGGGCCAAGUAAAGCUUCGAGGUCAGCGGCUUGAGCUGGGGGAAGUUCAGUCUGCUGUAUUAAAAACUCCUGGAUGCCACUUGGCCGUUGGGGCUGUGAUUGACUCCAUCCUGGUUGUAUUCUGUGUUGCGGAUACUGGAGUCACGGAAGACUUGAUCAUGAACCAGUGUCGAAGCUGGCUUCCGCAGUUCAUGAUGCCGGGAGAACUGGUGUUAAUGGAUGAGUUCCCUCGGUUGCCGAGUGGUAAAGUCGAUACCAAAAGGCUGAAAGCGGAAUUCAUUGAGCAAAAAGCUGCUGGAAGAGGCCAGAGCGAUUCCUCGAUUGCCUUGUCCGACACAGAGAAGACCAUCCUGCGUGUCAUAUCGGAUACCCUGGGAGCUGAAGCAAAUUAUGAUAUGACCCUAGCUUCCGCGGGAAUUGAUUCUCUCGUUGCAAUCAAGUUGGCAUCAUCGCUUCGUUCGUCAGGAUUUAGCGUGAGUGUUGCGGAGCUGUUGAGCAUGCAGACAAUAGCACAGCUAUGCUCUGCAGUACGGCCUCUUUCAUCUCUUACUCAUUAUGAAGCUUCAUUAAUUGAUAUCCAUCUGAUGGACAAUUUGGAUUCAAUUGCAGAAAGCAAUGCUGCUCUACAAAAGGACUUGGAGCUUGUCGAGGAUGUGCUACAGUGCAGCCCUCUCCAAGUUGCAAUGCUAUCAGAGACGGUACAGCGUCUGGAAGCUUACUGGAACGAGAUAGAACUUGAGGCAAAUCCUGGAAUUACUGCGACAGAAAUACAAGACGCGUUUCACCUUCUUGCGCGGCAAAGGGAUAUCUUGAGAGCAGGCUUUGUCAAUUGGCAAGGAAGUUUUGUAUCACCAAUAUUCAAAUCACUGCGAUCUGACCAAAUAGAAGUCGUCGAGGAGUUUCACCAACUGGAGCUAUCUGGAGACGAAACGCUGCUUCGGCCGCUUCGAAUACAGAUUCAGCAGGCGAGAUCUGAUGCAGGCCCUCGCCUUUUGAUUAAUAUCCAUCAUGCCAUUUACGAUGGCUGGUCCAUGGAUAUCAUACUAUCAGAUCUAAGUACUGUAUUAUAUGGAAGACCAUUGCCUCCCCGGCCGCAGUUUUCAAAUCUCCUUGCAUAUACCAGCAAUAUCCCGCGAGAUCAAAUGGACAGCGCAAGGGCAUUUUGGGCUGAAUAUCUCGUUGACUGGAAUAAACCAAGUCGUCCAAAGUUGAGUGCUCGGCCAGCUGAAUUUGAUGAAACUUUAGUUGUAAAGACACAACUUGAUAUCCCCGCAGAGGCCGCUCAAGAAGUCUUUACGAACACGAGAUAUGGCGCCCAAGUCUAUUUUCAAGCGGCCCUGGCGAUCAUUUGGGGUAGUAUGGUGGGUACGUCAGAUGUCCUUUUAGGUUCAGUGACAUCUGGCCGAACUAUUCCGGUUGAAGACGUUGAGGAGAUUGUUGGACCAAGUAUUGCGUCGCUUCCUCUACGAGUGGGUAUCGAUAACUCUGCUACGAUGUCUGAUGUCUUGCGGAAUAUCAACGAGAGCAAUCGGAAAAUCAUGGAGCAUUGCCUAUUACCACUGUCAGAAAUUAAGAAGCUCUCAAGUCUACAGGUGACCGAAAGCCUAUAUGACGUACUAUUCGUUUACCAAGAAUCCUUGUAUACGAAGAAUCGUAAGGAGGCGGCUAUUAGAGAAACUCGGCACUUGGAUCACCUGGAAACAAAACUAUUGUUGGAGGUGGAGCCGAAUGAUGCCGGAUUCUCGAUGCAGGCUACGUAUCACACGGAAUGGUUUCCGUCAGAAAUGGUCGAGAUAUUGGUUGAGCAAGUUAAGGCAGCUUUUCAGCACAUCAUUCAGUAUCCUGAUGGGUUAAUUCGGACGGCAAAAGAUGCCAUUGCAACCGAGGCAUCUGUUGCAAACACAAAUCCUGAGAAACUACAAGACGAAGUCGACCUCGCUACUUUAUUCGAGGCUGCGGCUGCAAAAACCCCAGAUGCGGAUGCCAUUUGUUUUAGUAAAUUGCUCUCAGAAGUCCCUAUAAUUGCGGAUACGAUGUCAUACGAAUCCCUAAAUCACCUCUCCAACCGGAUUGCUCGUUUCUUGCUUGAGCAAGGGGCCGAACCUGGUCAGGUUAUUGCAAUCGUCAUGCAAAAGUCACCCCUUCUCUACGCCUCAAUUCUUGGAAUCGUCAAGGCUAGAUGCGCAUACUUGCCUCUUCUUCCAUCCACACCAAUCGAAAGGGUGGAAGAUAUCUUUAAAUCAGGAAGCAUUGAACGUUGUGUGGUAGAUAAGGACUCUAUACAAUCGUUUCAAGGUGUCACUGAUGUACAGUUCUUGGAUGUCGAAUCGGCUUCGUUAGAUGGCUUUGCAAACAAUAACCUGGACAUACCAAUGGACAUGUCGAGGCUGGCCUAUGUGAUUUACACCUCAGGGACUACAGGAGUACCAAAAGGUGUCGCUGUGAGCCAGAAGAAUAUUGUCAACAACGUUACAUACCUUGCAUCUGUAUAUCCCAGCGCUCAGAGAAAUCCUGCUCGGCUAUUACAAGCUUGUUCGCAGGCAUUUGACGUAUCUGUCUUUGAGAUUUUCUUUGCUUGGCACGCUGGCAUGUGCCUUUGUGCCGCUGCCAAUGAUGACUUGUUCGAAGACCUAGAGCAUUCGAUUCGCCAGUUCCAGAUCACACAUCUUAGUUUGACACCUACAGUGGCAUCCUUGAUUGACCCCAAGAAUGUGCCCAACGUUGAGUUUCUGGUUACGGCAGGAGAACCCAUGACUCUAUCGGUUCUUGAUACUUGGGGAGAAUUACUGUGGCAAGGAUAUGGGCCAUCAGAGACGACGAAUAUUUGCAGCGUCAAGAGAAUGAAGCCGGGCGAGUAUAUCGAGCACCUUGGCUGGUGCUUCUCUAAUACAUCAAUUUUCGUGCUUUCUCCGGACGGCCUUUCAACUGUUCCGAUCGGUUGGAUAGGCGAAUUCUGCUUUGGGGGAGAGCAGGUCGCCGAUGGCUAUCUCAAUAUGCCCGACUUGACGGCGGAAAAGUUUAUCAAUCACCCGGAUUAUGGCCUCAUUUAUCGUUCUGGUGAUAUGGGCAGGAUGCUUCCAGACAAGUCGCUUCUUAUUCUCGGUCGUAUCGACGAUCAACUUAAGCUCAAAGGCCAACGAAUUGAAGCUGGCGAAGUCAACAGCGUGAUAACUUCGGAUCCCUCAAUACAUGCUGCAGUAACCACGUUGGUUAGACGAGAAAGCGGCGCGACUAAUCAGCUUGCUUCAUUCUAUACGUUUUCCCAGGGAGCAGUCGACGAAGUGUUACAGACAUUAGAUCCCGAUGCCGAAUCUCAUCGUUCUUUAUAUGCCACCCUGAUAUCAAAGUUACCGUCAUACAUGGUGCCUUCCUAUCUGAUACCAGUCUCUCGAAUACCCCUUACAUCUAGCGGCAAAGUUGACCGGCGGAAACUACAGUCUUGUUUUGAGGCGCUGUCUCAGGAAUAUCUUGAAAGUGUGUCCAGUACUGUAACGAUGCAAGACGAUGCUGAGUGGAGCAAGGCGGAAAUAAUGAUAGCGGAGGCCAUUGCACGGUCUUUAAAUGUGUCCCGAUCUGACAUUGGUCGUUGGACGCCAUUUGCAACCAUCGGCUUGGACUCUAUAUCUGCGAUUGGUGUUUCUCGCAACCUCAAUUCUCAACUGGGGUAUCGGGUUCCUAUUUCGGCGAUUUUGCAGCACUCUUCUGUCGCACAACUUGCGCGCUUUCUCCAAGAGCGUUCGGAGAGAGAUGGCCCAGUAAAAGAUGUUGUCUUCUUUUCUGACUCCUUCAUUCACGGGGUCCACGAAACUUUUGAACAAGCGCCGUAUUCUAUCACUGGGAUCUUGCCGUGCUCUCCCCUGCAAGAAGCAAUGUUGUCACAGGGCAGCUAUUAUAACAGAAUUCUUCUGCGCCUUCAUCGUCCUGUUGACGAGAUGAAAGGCUACUGGGAUGAGAUGACGAGGCGGCAUAGUAUUCUCAGAACCUGCUUUAUCACUACUGAUAGUGUUCAAUUUCCAAUUGCGCAAGUAGUUCUGGAUAAUUGGACGAUUCAGUGGAAGGAGUUUGCCGUUACUACAGCUUCUCUCGAUGAAGCUGCCCACCAACAUGUAAUCUGUCUAUCUGACCCCCUGGAUACAAAAGUACCACCUCUAUCGUUUGCCAUUAUACAACAAGAAGACUCGAUAUUCUUAUCUUUUAUAUGCCACCAUGCCCUAUAUGAUGGAGUAGCGAUGGAGAAUCUCUGGAGAGAAGUUGAAGCGCUGGCACAUGGCGAAGCGUUACCCCCGCCUGUCUCUUACACACCUUUUCUACAAGCGGCACUCAGUUUACCUGAUGAUGUUGAGAAAUUCUGGAGCAAUCAUUUCCGAGGGUAUGAUCCUUUAAAUCUAUUCAUGCAGCCUUCGGGAAGCCAGAUUGUUCAAUGCGCACAUCGGGAAACCCUAGAUGUAUCAUAUGGUGAGAUCAAAACCCGACUGAGAUCCCUUGGAGUAUCUUUACUCUCCAUAUGUCAGGCAGCAUGGGCAACUACUCUUUCAGUUUGUUCAACUUCAACUGACGUCUGUUUUGGACUCGUUAUGAAUGGUCGCACAUUGGACAUUGAAGGUCUCGAUAGAUUGGUUGCCCCUUGCUUCAACACGAUUCCUGUGAGAAAAGAUGUUUCCACCUCUUCUCGUAACAUUGAUCUUGCCAAGUCGUUUCAGCGCCUUAAUUCUGAUGUUCAAAGCUAUCAAUUCUCGCCUCUAAGAUUGAUCCAGAAACUCGGCACAAAAGAGGGCCGCAGGCUUUUUGAUACGUUGCUGUUGCUUCAGAGCCCCUUGCAAGACAUGGAUUCUGGAAUAUGGACACUUGAAGCAGAUGAUGGAGAAAUGGAUAUUCCAGUUGUCUGCGAAGUUAUUCCGCAUUCUAGCUUGAACGCCAUUGCCAUCAAUAUGCAUUAUGACAAGAGUGCUCUUAGUGAGGAUAUCGCAUUAGCGCUUGCUGAGAUUUUCAAAAGCUUCUUCCAAACUAUCCUGGACCAUCCUUCGUCCGCUCUACCUGACAGAAGCCAUCUUCAACCUGCUCAAUUAUCCGUUCUAAAUACUGUUACCGCGAAAAAGAAUACACUCGCAGCAUCAGAGAAACCUCAGAUUAGCGACGCGGAAUGGACGGAGCCUGAGAAAAAGAUUCGCCAAGUCCUUUCGAGUCUCUCGGGAACAUCAAUCCAGAAGAUCCAUCCUGAAACAAGCAUAUUCCAGCUGGGGUUAGACAGUAUCAACGCAGUUCAGGUGGCUGCCAUGCUUCGACGAGAAGGAUUUGUGGUGUCUGCCUCCGAUGUCAUUGAGUGCCAAAAUUGUACCAGAUUGGCACAGAGGAUAUCACAGACAUCCGAGGAUAGCGAGACAACACCUGGAUAUAACUUUGAAAAAUUCUCCAAGGAGAUAUCGGCUCAGAUCGCAGAUAAGGCACUUGAUGCUACAGACAUAGAGGCAGUCCUUCCAAGCACCCCGCUUCAGUGUGCAAUGCUGGUGUCGUUCAUCCAGUCUCAAGGCCAGAAUUACCUCAAUCUUUUAUCAUAUGCAGUUGAUAAUAUCGUCUUAAAGGAUGACUUGAUUGCGGCUUGGAAGGCUCUCCAAGUCCAUCAUCCUAUGCUUCGGACGGGAUUCGCUGCAGUCCAGCAUCAGUAUAGCUCGUUCGCCAUGUUGAGAUACUCAUCUUCAUCAGAUUCUACUGAGUCAUUCAAGCAUAUAUUCCAUAUGGAAUCACAAGAUGACUUGCAAGAGUGGAAGGAAAAGGAAGCAGCGACAAUACUAAAUAAUCUCCAUAUUCCACCCUGGAGGGUUUCUCUGGCCGAUAUUAAUGGUGGAAUCAUGAUGAACAUUCUUAUUCAUCAUGCUCUCUAUGAUGCGCGUUCACUCGACCAGAUGAUGGGUGACCUAUCUACACUUUUGAGUGGCCAAGAUAUCGCUCACAUCCGACCUAUUGAGCCCGCACUGAAUGAAAUCCUAUCUAGAAGCCUCAGUGACCGAAGUACGGCGCAAGAGUUCUGGACGGAGAAGGCGGAAAUGGCAGUGGUGAACACUUUUCCGGUCAUGACACCCCUCCGAGAGGAUGAGAGAACUAUGCUUUCGUUUGAAAUCAGAUCCUCAGCGACACUUUCAUCCCUGCAAAUGGCGACCAUGAAACAAGGUGUUUCCAUCCAGGCCAUCAUCCAGGCUGCAUGGACAAGAAUUCUGUCUUCGUAUUUGGGAGAAGAAUCUGUCGUGUUUGGCGUGAUUCUAUCUGGCCGCUCUAUGGACGAGACAAAAGAUGCGCCGUUUCCUUGUAUGAAUACCAUUCCCGUUAUUGCAGUGAAUCAGCCAUCAAAUACCGAGUUGACUCGAUAUAUGAUGGAAUAUAACGCCGACGCACAUAGGCAUCAGCACACUCCUCUAACGCAGAUACAAAAAUGGCUGGGUCAUCCUGCGACACCUGUGUUUGAUACACUUCUAGUUUAUCAGAAAUUGGAGACAGAGUCUAAUAUCACAAAGCGCUGGAGGCUCGUGAAUGAUGAUGCAACUGUCGACUAUCCAGUAUCGCUUGAGGUUAAGCCAAUGGAUAAUGGUGAAAUCCAGCUCUGUAUCACAUUUUUCAGUGAUAUACUGCCAAUAGAGCAAGCAGAGUUGCUAGUCAGACAAUUUGACGCAAUGAUGAUUCACAUUGCUACUGAGCCUGAUGGCGACGAGGAUGGCAUCUAUCAAUCGAAGCCUGAUCUUUUUGCGAUAACACCUCCCUUUUCACCAGAGCUACAUGCACCUGUACAAUUCUUACAUCAUUUCGUGGAACAAAGGGCGGUGUCUCAUCCGAAUGACACUGCUCUAGAGUUUGUUGGCAAAUUCGAAGGAUCCCGUCCGGUGAAGCAGGUGUGGACGUACGCUGAAUUCGACGCGAUGGGUGAUAAGUUGGCCAACUUGCUGAGCGACGUUGCUGCCAUAGGGAGUAUCGUCGCGAUUCACUUUGACAAGUGUCCAGAGGCGUAUAUCUCUAUUCUUGGAAUUCUCAAGGCUGGAUGUGCCUUUGUAGCGCUUGACCCAAGCGCGCCCAAAGACAGAAAGGAGUUUAUUCUCAAAGACUCCUUGGCGCCUUGUUUGCUGACGACGUCUGAAGGAAACAUUGACUUUGAUACGGAUGUGAAGGUUAUUCGUAUUGACCUUGAGUCUGUGAAAUUGUUAUCUUCCGAGAAACGUAACCUGGGUGCUAAUUUUACACCUGAUGCGACGUGUUAUUGUCUGUAUACAUCCGGCACGACAGGAACACCAAAGGGAUGUGAAAUCACACACGACAAUUGUGUGCAGGCUAUGAUGGCCUUUCAAGAGCUGUUCAAAGGGCAUUGGAGCGACGACUCUAGAUGGCUGCAGUUUGCAGCUCUUCAUUUCGACGUCUCAGUGUUGGAGCAAUAUUGGAGUUGGUCGGUUGGCAUCACGGUUGUUGCGGCUCCAAGAGAUCUCAUUCUCGAUGACUUGAUUGCAUCCAUCAACAACCUUGAAAUUACACACAUUGAUCUGACACCGAGUUUGGCUCGUCUUACUCAUCCAGACGAGGUGCCGGGUUUAUGUAAAGGUGUGUUUAUUACUGGUGGUGAACAGCUCAAGCAAGAAAUCUUGGAUGCCUGGGGACCGAAAGCUGUUAUAUACAAUGCCUACGGCCCGACAGAGGCGACGAUUGGUGUGACCAUGUACCAAAGAGUGCCCAUUAAUGGAAGACCGAGCAAUAUUGGAAAACAGUUUCUCAACGUGGGAUCCUACGUUUUCCGCAAUGGAACCGAGAUCCCAGUGCUGCGAGGUGCUGUUGGAGAACUCUGCGUUUCUGGAAGAUUGGUUGGCAAAGGAUACCUCAAUCGCGAGGAACUUACUAAAGAGAGAUUUCCGACGCUUUCAGAAUUCGGAGAAAAGAUCUAUCGAACCGGCGAUCUUGUUCGUAUUCUUCAUGAUGGCUGCUUUGACUUUCUCGGUCGUGCGGAUGAUCAAGUUAAGCUUCGUGGACAGCGUUUGGAGAUUGGCGAGAUUAACCAUGUCAUUCGUACGGGUGCCUCAGAGAUUAAAGAUGUCGCGACAAUUGUCAUCAAGCAUGCAUCUAGUGGCAAAGAUGUUCUAGUCUCGUUCCUGGUCGGCCAGCAGCGGUCUAAAGCUGUGUUGGCUCCGUUGGUGGACGAGACGAAUCUAGGUGCGAAGGCUAAAGAAGCAUGUAGAGCUAAGCUUCCUGGCUACAUGAUUCCCACGUAUUUCUUGGUACUUCCGUUCAUCCCGUUAUCGCCAAAUAACAAGGUUGAGGCGAAGGAACUGAAGAAGCUGUUCAAUGGCUUGUCGCACGAGCAAUUAAUGGAUCUGACAGCACCAAAGGCCCCCCUUCGAUCUGUCAACGGCGAAACUGGGUAUAAAGUAAUCCAGGUUCUGUCCGAUUUUACGUGUGUUAGCUCAGACAACAUCGAUGGAGAAACAAGCAUCUUUGAUCUUGGAGUGGAUUCCAUCAGCGCUUUACAAUUGUCUACUCUGUUCAAAGAUCGAGGUUUUGUGGCAUGCUCGCCUGCUAUCAUACUACGAAACCCAAUUAUUGCAGACCUUACCACAACGCUAUUCGAAAAGCUCUCUUCAUCUCUAAAAGACAGCCGCGUGAAAGAAUCACAGCAAAUGAUACAAGCAUAUCAUCAUCGAUACCGCGCACUUGCCUGCAGUAUCCUAAAUCUUCGAGGAGAAGAUAUAGAAUAUAUUGCGCCAUGCUCAGCACUUCAACAAGGAAUUAUCUCAAAGUCAGUUACAGAUGAGAUUCGAGGUACAUACUUCAACUCAUUUGUGCUGAAAUUGAAUGGCGAUGCUGCAGAGGAGCGAAUGAAGGCUGCUUGGAGUGAACUUAUUGUCUCCGAGUCUAUCUUGCGAACAAAGUUCGUCAACACUACAGAGGGUUACAUUCAAGUCGCAUUGAAGAACCAGGACUUGCGCUGGAUAGAUUCAACUGUGCAAAACGAGGUGGAUGCGAAAGCUUUCUUGGAUAACCGGUGGCAGGAAUGGGUUCAGCAAAACAGUGAACAUAUCACAGCGCCAAUUGAGGUGAUCUUCAUAAAGGGACCUGACUUCAAGAAACUAGUUAUUCAUGUUUUCCAUGCGAUAUACGAUGGAAAUAGUUUCGACCUGAUGCUUCAAAAACUGAAAUCUAUCUAUGAAGGGAACCCUAUGGCGUCAUCUCCAACAUUUAUAGAGGCGUUAUCUCAUGGCCCAUUAUGGCGACACGACGACUGCCGCGGGUUUUGGGAAAACCACCUCCAAGGCUGGAAAAGUUCAACUCUUCAGCUUUCUUCUCCACACAACCCUGCUGCCUCACAAACUCGAGUUAUUAGUGGAGCUAUAUUGGAGGAUGCGCGAAAGAAGCACAAAGUUACUUUACAGCCAGUCAUUUUGGCAUUGUGGACAUCCGUGCUUCAGAAAUACUAUCCCGAAGGGCUAACACUUGGCCUGAUUGUGUCUGGAAGGUCGAUAGAUCUUCCUGGUGUCGAAAACACAAUAGGCCCUCUCUUCAAUACCGUGCCCUUCUUCAACAAGGCACUGAGUGGCCAAACCUGGGCGUCACUUAUUCUCAGAUGCAGCGAAUUCAGCACAAGCAUACUGCCAUUCCAACACGUUCCACUGAAAAGCAUCCAGAAGUGGUGCGUGGGUGGCCGACAGUUAUUCGAUAAUCUGUUUGUGUUUGAAGUGGAGCAACAGGCCGCAAAAGACGAACUGACUCUUUGGGAAAUAGAGGACGGGCCUUUGAAUCCAGAUUAUCCGUUGGCAUUGGAAGCAAAGAGGUUAUUAAAUGGCGAUGUUCAACUUACUCUGGUUGCACAGCGAAAUGUAGCAGAUGCGCCAAAGCUACAAGAAAUAUUGGAUGAACUAGAUGAAAAUAUCAGGCUUCUGGUUGCUGAUGUGCCGUUUCCGAGAUCUAUUGAAGAGGAUGAAAUACCACUUUCAGUCAAGCAAAACGGAUUCAAGUCAGGAGAUCACGAGACUGACGACGAAGUAUUUGAGUGGACUGAUCAGGCUCUUGGUAUAAGGGAUGCGAUCGCAUCGCUUUCUGGCCUAGAUGAUGCUGAAAUUUCGGCUGCAAAGACAAUUCUCGAGCUUGGCUUGGAUAGUAUCGAUGUCAUUCAGCUCUCUGCUAGGCUCAAGCAACGGGGCAUUUUAUUGCCGGCUUCUCAGAUUAUGCGCCAACAGACAAUUGCAAAGAUGGCGACAUCUAUCCAGACGCAGCAAUCUGACGAACUAUCCAACGGCAAUACAGACUGGAGCUUCGAGGAACUUGAGCAUAAACUCUGGUCAUAUGCUAACAAAGUCGGGUUGAGUGCAAGCGAUAUAGAGGCCGUGUUGCCACCAACACCUCUUCAAGAAUCUAUGGCUGCUGGGAUGAUACACUCUGACUUUGAGUGGUAUUUUAAUCACGACCUUCUUGAGAUUUCGGCAGGAAUCGAUGUUGAGAAACUCCGAAAAGCAUUCCUUGUGGUUAUUGACCGGUCGCCGAUUCUUCGAACGGGGUUUCUCGAAGUUGAUGAUUUGCAGCUAGAGAUGGCAUACUGCCAGGUUGUGCGGAAACACUGGAACCACGCGAUUGAAAGUGUCGAGGUGCAAGACUUGACCGAGAUGGGCGAUCUUGUUGAAGAUGCAAAACGAAUCGCGAAAGAAAGCAGCGGAGCUGAUGCUCUGUUUCAGCUGAAAUUCGUGAUGUGUAAAGAAAAGACGUUUAUUCUUGUUUCGAUCGCGCAUGCUUUGUAUGAUGGGUGGUCCCUGAGUCUUCUUUAUCGAGAUCUGGAGACAGCGUAUUAUGGAGACUUGCAACCGAGGAUGUCUGCGAAGCCUUUUCUUCAAAAGAUACUUGCAUCAGCCACUGAUGAUGCUAGUCGAUUCUGGGCUGGUUAUCUGGACGGUGUUGCACCAUCUAUUCUCCCAGCAUCAUCCGAUGAUAGAAUGACGAACACCCUACAUCGGAAAGAAUAUUCUGCAAGCAAGCGUAUGUCCGAAAUAUCCUCUUUCUGCAAGAAACAGGGCAUCAGUCUUCAAGUCUUGUGUCAAGCUUGCUGGGCUCUUGUGCUCGCUCAUCGGAUCAAGGCCCUGGAUGUGACAUUCGGUGUCGUAAUGUCAGGUCGCGAUUUCGAAGGAGCCGAAGACUUGAUGUUUGCUACAAUCAAUACAGUGGCACUUAGGUGUAUUCUGCAUGGAAGCUCGGUAUCGUUCUUACGAUACCUUGAGGCGAGCAUGGCGGACAUCCGGGAAUAUCAAUCGUAUCCUCUGAGAAAAAUCCAAAACGCGGUGCAGCUAUCGAGCAGCGAAUUGUUUAAUACGCUAUUUAUGCUCCAAAAAUUCCCGUAUAACUCAUCUGUGAAUCCAUUGCUGAAAUCCGUUGAUGGCGCUUCGGCAGUUGACUAUCCUGUGAGCGUCGAAGCCGAGGCUGUCGGCGAUGAUCUUGUUUGGAGAGUCGCCUGUCAGUGGCAAUUCAUUUCCGAGGAUGGGGCUGAAAAGUUGUUGGAAGAUUUAAACCGGGUUCUGGAGUUUUUAACAAACUCAGAAGAGGUCGAGAUACUCUCUUUCCAAGAAAAUGGAGUUUCGAUUGGUGGACUGCCGCAUAUCUCGCUCACUGAGGAUGUUGCUCUGCCUGAUGGUGGCGAAGAACAAAGUCUGGCUAUUGAAGACGAAGAAGAUGAAAUUGAUGAGACUGCACUGAUAAUUCGGAGAAUUCUCAGCCAUGUGUCAUAUAUUCCAGAGGAAUCUAUCAGACCCCAGAGCAAUCUCUAUCACCUUGGCCUCGACUCUAUCAGCGCAAUCAAGCUGACCUCUCUCUUGCGCAAGGAGGGCAUCUAUCUAAAUCCAAGAGAUUUCAUCAGAGCGACAAGUAUUCGCCAAAUGGCACAGCUCACGACUCCUCUCCAAACAAACGGCAGCACCGUUCACCCCAGAGAGACGGCGUGGGCUCCCGAAGGAGAUGUCGACGUCGAAAAGCUUUUUGCCAGUGCACAUAUUUCCAAAGAAGAUGUCGAGGUGAUUCUUCCAGCGCUGCCUAUGCAAGUUUAUAUGGUCAGUGCGUGGCAGAAUGCAGAGGGUCAUGUUUUCUACCCGGAGUUUCGGUAUCUAGUUGAGGGAAAUGUCAGCGUUGAAGAUGUCUAUUCAGCUUGGCGGUCUCUUGUCGUUCAGACUCCCAUUCUGCGCACUGUCUUCAUUGCAACGGAUGAUCCUCAACAGCCUUUCUUACAGAUCAUUCUCAAGGCAAAUUCCCUACCCAGUGAUAAUUCCGCUGUCAAGCCAAUGGUGAGACUCGAGGCUGCGAGAAGAGAAGACAACAAAAUAGCCAUUAGGUUGAAGAUUCACCACGCACUCUACGAUGGAGUUAGCAUCCCGAUAAUACUGAAUCGUCUGUCAGAGCUCCUCAACGGGAGAACCCUGAUGGUUGAGCAAGGCAUUGAAGAAUGGUCAAGGUAUGCCAUUCAACCGCCACUUGAAGAUUCUCGACAGUCUCGUAGAGCCUUUUGGAUAUCAUAUCUUCAGGGCUGCUCCUCUGAUGGAGACUCUUCCGCUCUUGUCAUGGCUGGGAAGCACCGAGUGUCUCAUUUGCGGAAGUCUGCGGUAUCAGAUAUCGCGUACCUUCAAACGUCGGCCAAAGAAAAGGGCAUCAGCCUGCAGGCACUCUUCUUCGCAGCCUAUGCCAAAAUACUUGCAACAGGAAGUAGUGGAGUUGCAAACGUUGACGGAAAGAAAACUGUGGUGUUCGGAAUUUAUCUUGCCAAUCGAGCUGAUGAAGCUCUGCCCCUGGCAUUCCCGGCGCUCAAUCUUGUUCCACUGAGAGUUCACUUGGCAUCCAGCGAUAACAUUCUCGAAGUUGCCAGCAUGAUACAGGAUGAUAUUCAUCUUAUUGCCGCCGAUGGCCAUGCUGAUGUAGGCCUAUGGGAAGUUGCAGCUUGGACUGGGGUCACAAUUACAUCGUUUGUCAAUUUUCUGAGCCUUCCUGAUACUCCCUCCGAAGCACCAAACGACAUUUCGAACAAUAUCGAACUGAUCCCUGUGCAAAGCGAUGAGCAUGUCGCUCAAGACGCUUUUACGAAUGGCGACAAAGAAAAAGAAGAAGCAGUAUCUCACCUUUGCCUAAUAAAGAAUCCCGUGAGAGAUGCAUUCCCGGCCGCCAUAGACAUUGAAGCCUCGAUAAAAGGAAAAGGCCUAGACAUUGGAAUAUUUGGAUCCCAAAAACGACUAUCUGACGAAGGCGCAAUUCAUUUGAUUGAAGAGAUUGUCUCAUAUUUGGAGGAAUUGGAUGACAAAGACGGCGCAGAAAUGGCGGCAUGGGCUUCGACUUGGUUGACUGGGAACAGCAAAAAGAACUGUUGAUUUCCGACUAUACUCCUAGGUGAAGGCGUUGCAAGACAUUUAUACACACGUGUAUAUGGAUAGAGUACAAUAGAUGAUUGGGUCAUG